AUGCACCGCAAGGCUAUCGAAAAGAAACAAGACGUCGUGAUGGAGAAACCGUUCAAGAUGGAGCAACUCUUGCAAUUUAUCGAGAAGGUUAUCUUCAAAGAAGUGAAAUACGGCAAUGCAUGUCGGAGGAUGUCAAAAACGAAUUUUCGUCAAAUUUUCUUUUAUGAGUUCAAACUCGGUCGCUGUGCAGCAGAGACGGCUCUAAACGUUAAUCAAAUUUGGGGUGUUGGUGAAUCAACAGUGCGAGCAUGGCUCCAGAAAUUCCGGUCUGGUGAUUUCGAUCUCGAAGUUAAGGAAGGCCACGGACGUCCCAAUGAACUUGACAACGAUGAAUUGAAAGCGCUAGUGGAAGCAAACACGCGAAGAAGUGUCCGAGAGCUUGCAGAAUGGCUUGGUCUGAGCACAGAAAGAAUUCCCAUUCACUUGAAUCGCAUAGGAAAGACGAAAGAACUCGGCAAGUGGUGCCGCACGAAUUAA